CGUGAGGCUUGGAAAAAGACCAACGCAGAGGCUCUGCAUGCAAUUCAUCUUUGUUGCGGAAAUGAUGCCUUUAAAGUUAUCAGGGACGAAGAGUCAGCCCACAAAGCCUGGGAGGCCUUAAAAUCUCACUACCCAGGUAUUUGGACUAGGGGAGGCAGCCCACUAGUCCAACAACAUUAUGAACCACCUGUCACCCACAGGAACCCAGCUAAUAUCUAGGUCCAGCUCCGAUAACCAUGUGAGCAGUCAGACCCUACUGGCCCAGGGUUUUCCACCUUGAAAGCCCACAGACAUCUAACAGUCAGGCCUCGUAACGACCCAGACUCUCUGAAAGCUGACACUUACACCAGCAUUACAUGGGUUCCACAGGACCUUAGUAUACAGCAACCUACCAAUGAGAGACUUGUGAAUGUUGGGGCUCGAACUUGAGUGAGGAUUCCACUCAAGCAAGUACCUUGUCAUUUCUCCUAACCCUUAUAGAUUGGUUGUUACUUGGUAAAUAAAUUAAAUAUCUUCAACAGAGUAAAGGGUUCUAACAAAGGUUUCAAUGAGGGUGACUGCAUAUCAGUAUAUGUUACUCAUCAUAUAUGCACAACAAGAAUCCGGAGAGUAAUGUUUUCCAACAAAUUCAAAUGGAGUUGAACUUAUAACUUAACAUCACGAUUUCAUUUUCAUAUGACAAGAAAUUUGAUCUUUAUGAAGCCUCGUACGAUAAAAAUAUUGAGAUAACAAAAGAUAUGGAGAUGGGGGUGGAAAAUGGCUGAGACGGAAAAAGAAGCGAUUGAAGGCGGUCUUCAAUGCUGUGAUGCUCAGCUAGAGGUAGAAAAAGCUGAUGAGUCAGAGGAAGAACUGGAUCAAGGUGAUGGAGAUGGAGAUAAGAACAGUUCCAACGAUGAUACAGACUAUAAACCUUUCUUUCGUGCCGCGAAACAUUGGAAGUGGAAGAUUGUAAUGGACUUUCUUAAAGACCACCCCGAGGCAAUAAGAAAACCAGCUCCAUCAGACGACGGCAAGACGGUUCUUCAUUAUGCAGUCGAUGCUGUGCGGGAGGAUAUUGUUCGAAGGUUAUUGCAGUAUAUUAAUACAGAUGAUGAUUUGGAAAUAAGGGACGAUCAAUGGUGUAGCGCACUUGAUUAUUGUUAUAUAGUUCCUGAAAAAGAUGGAACGGUCGAAAUAGCUAAAUGUUUGCUUGACAAGAAAAAGGAGCUACUUGCAGGUGAUGUCGAUCCCCGAGUGAUCCGCGACUUACUUGUCGGAGCUUAUAUUCACGGCAGAUCAAAACUGGCUGACUAUCUCUAUAAGGUCACUCCCCUCAAAACUGACGAUCCCCAUGUCGCUCAUCUUAUUUCCCUCAGUUUUAGCACCAAGAGAUUUGGUAUUGCGUGCGAUUUAAUCCAGAAACACCCAAGCUUGGCCAUUGCUAAAGACAACUCUGACAAUUCCCCUUUGAACGAAUUGGCAUGUACACCUUCAGCAUUCUUAAGUGGAAGCCAGCUCAAAUUUUGGGAAAAAUUGAUUUAUCAUGUUAUAUCCAUAAAACCUACUCCUCCCGUCAAGAGCGAGGAAGAACCUACUCUUACCAUGGACAACAAAGGAAAACUUACACCUCCAUUGCAUGCAAUUUCCAUAGACGUUCCCACACAAGAAGAUGGCAAAGGAAAACCCACUCCUACACCCCAUGCAGUUCCCAAAGACUUUCCAACACAUGAAGAUGACAGAGAUAAGCAGAGUGGUCUCAUUCCCUCAGUUACAGCUCUAUUUCAAGGACUAAUAACGGAGAAUAUUUGCAAGUUUUUUGGGAUACAUCGUAUCUAUCGAAUGAAAUUGCACCAUGUUCGCAGCCUUGAAAUUCUAGUUUGCAUGUGUAAAGUGCUGACGACAAAAAAGAUGAAAAAUUGUGACAUAAAGCAAAAAGAAUUCGUGGAAACAGCAAUCUUCCAAGCAGCAGAACGAGGGCUUGUUGAGUUUCUUACUAAUAUAUUUAGAGUAAACCCAGACUUGGCAACAAUAAAAAAUGAAAAAGGCCGAAACAUAUUUCAAGUAGCAGUCAAGUGUCGUCAAGCAAAAGUUUAUAAUCUUAUACAUGGGUUCAACAAAGACACCAGAAAAACUCUGAUGGGUAUGACAGAUAAUGAUGACAACAAUAUGCUACAUAUGGUGGGACUUUUCUCACCAUUUGCACAAACCAACUGCAUACGUGGUGCGGCUUUGCAGAUGCAAAAAGAACUACAAUGGUUCAAGGAGUUGGAGAGCAUGGCUAGCCCAGAGGAUCUUGAAGCUGCAAACGAUACGCAUGCUAUGAAACCGAGUGAGUUUUUCUCUAAGAACCAUGAAGAAUUGAUCAAGGAGGCAGAAACGUCAAUGAAAGAAACAGCUACCUCUUGUACAGUUGCAUGUGCUCUCAUUGUAACCAUGAUGUUUGCUGCAGCAUUCACAGUUCCCGGUGGAAAUAAUGAAGACGAUGGUAUUCCCAAAUUCUUGAAUAAAAGGGCCUUUAGGGUUUUUAUAGUUGCAGACGCUCUAUCACUCUUUACUUCCACUACUUCAGUAAUGUUCUUUCUAGGAGUUCUCACGUCACGUUAUGCAGAAGAAGAUUUUCUCAUAUCUUUGCCUCGAAAAAUGAUAUUGGGUCUUCUGACACUUUUUCUCUCCGUGGCUGCCAUGAUGAUCGCUUUUACCUCGGCCCUGUUUCUUAUGCUUCCCACAGACUCAUGGAUUGCUUUUCCUACUUCUUUACUCACUGGUAUUCCAAUUGCCUCAUUUAUAUGGAUGCAAUUUCCCUUUCUCGUGGAGAUUUUUAUUUCUACUUAUAUACCACGAACAUUCCGCAAGAAUGUGAAUGAGAAAUUAAACCUUGGAAGAGUUAGAUUUAGAGAUGCUAUAUGAUAUGUUCGUUUUAUCUUUGGGUUUGCUGCUUUCAGAAGCUUGUAAAGAAAAGACGUUGUGUUUGUUUGAUGUUGUAAUA